AUGGAGUCCAAGUCAGAGACCACGGUUAAUCUUCCAUGUAGUUGCAAUGGGGAAACACCUCCCUGUGAUAGUGAUACUGUCGAAUAUCCCAGCGCCUUCGGGGCAGCUUGCGUCUCUAUUGGUGUUGCUCUGGGCCUCUUUUUGGUCGGUUUAGAUUUGACUAUCAUUGCGACUGCCAUCCCUCGCAUCACUGAUGACUUCAAAGGCAUCAACCUCGUUGGCAAGGUAUAUCCUUUCUUCUCGAUCAAGUUUACCUUCUUGGUCGCCGUUUUCAUAUUUGACUUGGGCUCACUGCUUGCAGGUGUUGCGCCUAACAGCACCAUCCUCAUUAUUGGGCGAGCUAUCAUGGGUGCAGGAGGCGCAGGCAUCGCUUCUGGCGGAUACGCCAUCCUAGGAGUCGUUGUGCGCCCACAGCUUCGGCCUAUUUUCACCGGCUUCAUCACCACCGUUUAUAGCGUUGCUAACGUCCUCGGUCCUAUCUUAGGCGGUGUCUUCACGCAGAGGACGACUUGGCGCUGGUGCUUCUAUAUCAACCUGCCAAUUGGCGGCACCGCUGCUUUCAUUGUCUUCCUGCUGUUCAAACCCCCCAAAUCCACCCGUCAAGCCAAGAUUCCGCUGAAGGAGAAAUUGUCGCAUAUGGAUCCAAUUGGUAUCGUGCUCGUCCUUGGCUCUCUUAUCUUCUUCACCCGUGCCCUCGAGGUAGCCGGUAUCUACAAGGCAUGGAACUCAGCUGAGGUCAUUGGCUUGCUCGUCGCGUGCCUCGUUGCUGCAAUAGCCUUUGUAAUCUCAGAGUACCUCCAGGGUGACCAUGCCCUCUUUAUGUCGCGUCUUCUCAGACAGCGUGUCAUCGCUGUGAGCAUGGCAUACGGCUUCUUCCACGAGGGAGCUUUUUAUCUCCUACUCUAUUACGUCCCAAUCUACUUCCAGGUCGUCGUGGGUGUCUCGCCCUCCGAGGCUGGUGUCCACAAUCUCCCACUACUCAUUAGCUGCGGGAUAGGCUCCGGGCUCGCGGGCAUCCUCGUCUCGGUCUAUGGCCAUUAUGUCCCACUCAUGCUGUGGGCAAGUGCUGGCGGCUGCAUCGGCUCCGGCCUUAUCUACACCCUAAGUACGACGUCCCCAACUGCCGCGUGGGUGUGCUAUCAAAUCCUGGCCGGGCUCACCUACGGGUCUGGCCUGCCGCUGGCCAUCAUCGCGGCUCAGGCCAAGGCCAAGCCCUGCACACUCUGGCCGUGGGCUGGUCAAUCCGUGCUGAGUAACAUCCUCUUAUCGAAGCUGCCCUCCACGGCACCUAGUGUCGACCCGCUGAGCGUUAUCGCCACAGGUGCUACUGAGAUCCGCCAUAUUUUCCCCGCUGAUGCUGUCCCAGGCAUCAUGCAGGCCUAUCUCUAUUGUCUGCGCGCUGUCUUUUUAAUUACCACAGCCUACGCCGGCGUCGCGGUUUUCUUCGCAGUCGGUAAUAAGUGGGAGAGGCUAAGAUUGAAGUAG